GAUAUAUGCAAAUUUGACUUGAAAACCGCUGAAUUCGUGGAAUCGGUUUGAAACCAAAACAGUGUCAAUAUCAAGAUGGAAGAAAACACUGACUCGAAUAUGGAGGAGGAACAGCCGCUGCCAGAAAGAAAGGAAGGGAACAAGAAAUGUUUCCAUCUUUUUAACUGCGAUAAAACCUACAAGCUAGAUGUAGUGGAGAAGUUGUUAAACGCCAUCAAAGACAAACUAAGCUUCGAAAUUUCGAUCCUCACAAAGAAGUACUUUGCUCUCUCAGAAAUGACGGAAUUGUGCAAGACCAUCCAAUCUGAACCACCGAUGGAUUUCGCCGUGUUCGUCGUCCAUGCUCACGAAUCUCGGCUGUCAAUCAACGAAGACAACGCUGGCAUUAGUUACGCGAGAUUCUACAGAGCAUUACUGGAGAAAACGGGCAACAAAGUAAUUGUUGUUAUUGGUGGAGAUGACAAUUACAAAAAUGCUGCUGAGGAAGAAAAAGCUGUCUUGUCACGGUGGACUAAGAGACAGAUUUCCUCUCAGUUCAAAGAAGAAUUCGUGGAUGGACGCAUAAGCUUUAUCUUUUCCUGGGACAAAGAACACAGACUGAUUCAUGAGGAGGCAAUGUUGCAUUUCCUUGAUCCUGGAAAGAAGGGGGAAAAAUUUGAACCAAAACUUCAGCCUUCCAAACCUGCGGUUGACACGAUUCAGGAAGUUACUUCCAACGAUGUAAAAGCAACGACACCAAUAAACUACUCCAAUUUAGAUCUAGAGCCAGUGAAGGACGAUAGCAUCGAAAUGCAGAGAGCUGAAACCAAUGGUAGGCAGGAAAAUAUUCCUGUUUAUCAGUCACUUAACAGCGAGAAAUCCAACCUUGUUGAAACUGUGCAAGUCACCCCCGAGAUUAGGAGAGGACAAUACGCCGAACCUACAACGGAAGGUACUUUUAGCAAACGUUUAAAAGCAAUGGCCGAGGAUACACCAUCGCAGGGGAAAGUAGCGGUCGUUUGUCGGGACCAGUCUGAUGUUGCCAUUAUCACGGACUGGUUUGGUGAUGAGCUGCUUGACAUAUUCAACAUAUACAGUGGUUCCCCAUAUGCGGGGCUCAGCUAUUUACUCUCUAUCAUUUCAAUGAGGUCCUGUAUUAUUGUUGUCGACGCUGGAGCCAUGAAAGACGAGUUGUGUCGCAGAUCAGCUGAAACCCCCUAUACAGACCUACUGAACACAAUCAGAGAAACAGUAGUGAGAAAAGUGGUCAUUAUCGUCUGCAGUGACGACAGCGAGAUGUCACAGGAUGAGGAAGAUGCCUUAACACGCGAAGUCAGGCUACAUCUCGGUGAAAAGGGCGAAAUUCUGUGGCGGAAGGGAAACAAAAAUCCUCUCCAUCAAACUCAAAAACCCAAACGUCCUCUUCAGUAUCGUCGAUCACAAUCUCUUCCAGAACGUGAUGGCAUGGCAGAGAGGUCUCAGACGAGAAUUGCCAAACGGCCGAUGAAUCCCAGUGAGUCCACAUUACUUUUAAAGGCUCGCCUGCGCGACGGUAUAAUUUCAUACCAAGAUGAAGAAGGGUGGAAGCCUCCUAAAGAGAUAGAAGAUGACUUGAUGAGGAAAUGGAGAUCAACCGCCGACGCAGAAUUGUUGAUUUAUCAAGAAAACACAGUUGGACGUUACCGGGUUGUCGUGAAUAAAGAGUCCUUCAUAUCUCAGGUGGGCGACAGCCUGAAGGAAACGUUCUUUGGUAAUUCCGGUACAGGUUGCCUCUCCACAUUAGGAAAGAGGGAAAGACAUCUUCCAAAGGAUACAGCCGAUCACAUGGAACCUGAUUGAAACUUUUAUGUGUACAGUGUGUAGCUCCAUGUUAACGAUAUAUUUUACUGAAUGUGACGGAUUGGACUCAAACACACAACUAUGUCAUUAAAAUAAUGUAGUAGAAAAGGAUAGAAACUGGAUUAAUGACCGUCUUUUGAAAACAAACAAACGAACAAACAAACAAACAAACGAACAAACAAACAAACAAACAAACAAACAAAGACGUGACAAACCAUUCAUUGGGCCCACUAAAAAAAAGCAUUUUCGUGCGUCUGAGUUAGUAUUUAAAACUGAGAAAGGUUAAAUCAGCUGUGUUUAAAUUCGAAAAUAGAGUAAUAGCUCAAUCCCGAUUUCUUGACUCUUCGAUUUCCCGAACUACUCCACGGCUCGAACCAAGCCGUAUAGUGUCAUUUCCCUGAAAUCUAUUUCACUGCAUAAUUUCACCCCCUAUAUCUCGAACUAUCUUUCGAGCUAUUCUUCCUUUCACCUUCAUUUUGUAAUAAUUUUAGAAAUCGGGUUUCUACUGUGUAAAUCAUGAUUUUAACUAUUUGUAUAAAGCAAAUAUACUUCAGCUAAGCAAUGUUCCUGGAACUCGUGAAUGUCUGCCCAAUCUAGCUUAGGUAAGUCAUGAAGAUCAAAUUAACUUGGCCUCAUUAAGUUUCCUGACAUUGUUAAAUUAUCUACCUGCCAAAUAUUUCAUGUAUCACCUAAUUUCAUAAAAGUCUUCGAACCUCAUCCUGUCUCUAGUAUAGGAACACCAUAAUUACACAAUUCAAAGUGUGUUCUUACAACUCCUGAAUCCAAAAUGCUUUGGAAUAAAUAAAAGAUAAUUUUGCCCAACUACUGAUGACUGUAAAUGACAUUACUUUAUCUAUACCAGUUUUAUCUUGCUCGGCGGUAUUAAUAAUUCUAACAUUGUAUAUUAAUUUACUGUGUGUUUACUCUAUCCUCUCAUACUAGCUCUACUAGUUUUAUCUUAAAAGAAAUGUAUUUAAUUAAAGGGCAUAUAUUAAUUAGUUUACGUUGUUUUGCCCUUUCCACUUUUUUUUCUCUGCACUUAUUUGUUAACAAUAUCUAUUCAUGUCGUCAAGAGGAUAAAAAGAUAAAAAUCGAUAUUCGACAUAAACUAGGUCUGUCAGACAGAUUACUUAGGCGGUUAAGUUCUUGAACACGGUUACGAUUAAGUAAAACAUAUUUGAGAUAAUUAUAUUUCGAUUCAUUAAUUUGUUUACUCAUUAAAUACAAUAUUAUUAUGUAAA